AUAACUUUUUUUAGAACCAACUUUCCUUUUUGAUGGUCUCUCGCCUUUCCACAAGAGGCCCAAUUGCAAAAUAUUUUGGCACUAGGAUUUUCGUGGAAUUUGUUUUCUUCCUUUCUCUUUGCCUCCACCCAUCUCUACAAGGGAUAAAACGCAGCUCACAGAGAAAGUCGUGUCUGCUUUUUUUCCUGCAAAGCAACUGAGAAAAAUCAAAAGGGGGAGGCAUCCAGCCUCAGAGUUUCGGAGUUACCUCAGUGAUUUAGUUGACACCAUGCCUCGGAUGUUGGCCUAUUCGGUGUUGGCACUCUUUGUGGCAUUGCUGAUGGGAUCCUUGGCAACUCUUGUCCGGAGAGAAACCCGUCAUGGCAAAUUCCACCGGCAGCAUGUUGCCGCAAAUAACGGAAUGAAUCCCCGGGUCUAUUGCAACAUGAUGAUGCAACAAAGAGGAAUGACGAACAUCAAGUGUAAACCUUCCAACACCUUCAUCCAUGGGGAAGCCACAGCAGUGGAUGCCAUCUGCAACGAUGGGGGGACUUACUCAAGUGAUAAUUUCUAUGACAGCAAUAGCGUCUUUGAGCUCACCGUUUGCCGUUUGACAGGGGGAGGAACCACACCUCCCAAUUGUAACUACCGAGGUAGGGUGAGCACCCAACAGAUCCGAAUUGCCUGCGUAAAUGGCCUGCCGGUGCAUUUCCAACAAGCUCUUUAGAAAUAUCAAUAACCAUGUUUGGCUAGUUAGGGAUUCUAUAUCUUCAGCUGCUUUAGAAGCCAAGAGGAUUUCCUAUUUUUACUGCAAUGGUGUAUUUCAAUUAAAAUUUGCUCUUUUUUCUCUCUCAUUUCUUUCUACCUGCCUUCCCCUCUUCUUCAACUGUUUUAGACAAGCUGGGGGCCUCCAAAUAGAUUGGGCCUGUGAUUCCUCACGAUUCCCAGUCAGUAUGGCUGACAGGGACUCUGGGAGAUGUAGUCCCAAUGCAAUUGUGGGGAUCUGAGCUGUGGCAAGUCUUCAUUUGGUCACCAUAUCUGGACUUGCUGACCACAAGAUGGCUGCAAAGUGAUACAGAAAAAUCUGCUGGGGAAUUCUGGGUGUUGUAGUUUACACGUCUUACAGUGGUCAGGUCUGAAAAAUAGCCAGGUCUGAAGUUUUUGCUGUGAUCUAAUAGACAUUCAACCCAAAUAUGGCCACAGAAUAAUUUCAGUCUCUCUUUUUUUGUUCUGCGCUGCCUUCUAGUGGCUCUGAAUCAAAAUGACUGAUGUAUCCAUCAAAAUGUUAAUAUAGCUUCUCUAUCCUCAUAAUAUUUCUGGGGUUUUUUUUGCCUUCUGAGGAAAGUUGAGGCUAAUAAUUCUGCACAGAAAACAGGAUAUUGGAGUAUUUAGCAUCCAGCCCAAACUAGCAUUCUUCAGCUAUGUGACUUAAAUAUCACAACUUCUCGCAUGACAUGUGAGAAGUCAUGAUAUUUAAAGUGCUACAUGCCCAAAUUACAUUUAUAGAGUAAGAGGUUUUGCUAGGAAAUGUUUUGCAUAGCCAUCUUUCAUUUUAAAAUAGACCAUUUGCUUUCCUUCCUGGGAAAAUGUGUUUUGAAGCAUAACACUGGUCUGUGACCAUAAUAAAAAUUGAAGGAUAAUUUUAGGUACCCGGAGAAACAGAGGUGCUCCGAAUUUCUUUUAUAAAUAUAAAAAGUACAAAUUCAACUAGAAUUAAUUUUACUUUAAUUCAAUUAAAAUAUAUUAAGUAAAUAAAAAUUUAUUUAAAUUAAUUUUAAAAUUUCAAGUUAAAUUAAAAUUUAAGGCAGUUUUCUUUCAAAAAAUAAUUUUCUUAAAGAAAUAGAUUUUUUUUUCUUGUUCAGAUUGAUUCCUGAUCACCUGAAAGGUUCUGUAAGCUAAUAUGUUUUCACCCACAUCACCAAAUGUUUGAUGGAAAAUCAAGAAUGAAACUGUAUGUUAUUAUUUCUUGGAUUGAUGGAAAGUGGAAAAUAUCAAUUUAUACCUUAUGCCUGAAUCUCUUUCCUCUAGCAGCUUCAUGCAAUAAAGUCUUUGUUUACACACAGAA